AUUGCAAAGAAAUGGCUCAAAGACUUCAGUUCUUUCUGUACUCUGGGAGCUAAGAUGCACGUCAGUGGCCUUGCCAGCAUGGCCAAUUCUUUCUGCAGACUGCCAGCAGAAAGAGACCAGUUAGGAAGCCAGAAGGAAAGAGAUUGCCUAGGGUCUGAGCCCUGUGGUCCAGCCUCCAACUGAGCACACUGAGAGGAACUGGCUGUCUUUGAUCUCACCUCCAGAUCAAAGCCAACAAACAUUUUCAUAAUGGACACUUCUUCCAAAGAAAAUAUCCAGUUCUGCAAAAAUUCAGUGCAACCUGUUGGAAAGUCUUCCUUUAAAGCGGAAUAUCCCUCUUUAGAGGAAAAGCAACCAUGCUGUGGUAACCUAAAGGUAUUCUUGGGUGCAUUGUCUUUCGUUUACUUUGCCAAAGCGUUGGCAGAAGGCUAUCUGAAGAGCACCAUCACUCAGAUAGAGAGAAGGUUUGAUAUCCCUUCCUCACUGGUGGGAGUAAUUGAUGGUAGUUUUGAAAUUGGGAAUCUCUUGAUUAUAACAUUUGUUAGCUACUUUGGAGCCAAACUUCACAGGCCAAAAAUAAUUGGAGCAGGGUGCCUGGUCAUGGGAGUGGGGACACUGUUCAUUGCGCUGCCCCAAUUUUUCAUGGACCGGUACAGGUAUGAGAAGGAUUCAUCCUUCUCCAGUUCUACUCUCAGCAUCUCCCCGUGUAUCCUACAGCCAAGAACUCAAUUACCAAUCUCAGAUGUGGAAAGGCCGCAAACCAAAUUAAGUGAUGGAUGUGUGCAGACGGUUGCAAUUAUAGGACCAAUUUUUGGCUUUCUGCUAGGUUCAUUAUGUGCCAGACUGUAUGUUGACAUUGGCUUUGUGAAGCUAGACCACAUCACCAUUACCCCAAAAGAUCCGCAGUGGGUCGGUGCCUGGUGGCUUGGUUAUGUAAUAGCAGGAAUCAUAAGUCUCCUUGCAGCUGUACCUUUCUGGUGUUUACCCAAGAGUCUACCAAGACCCCAAAGUAGGGAGGACUCUAAUUCCUCCUCAGAGAAAUCCAAGUUUAUUAUAGAUGAUCCUAUAAACUACCAAAUGCCCAAUGGAGAAAAAGCAAAACUAAUGGAAAUGGCAAGAGAUUUUCUCCCAUCACUGAAGAGUCUUUUUGGAAACCCAGUGUAUGUCUUGUAUUUGUGUGCCAGCACUGUUCAGUUCAACUGUCUGUUUGGCAUGGUGACGUAUAAGCCAAAGUACAUAGAACAGCAAUAUGGACAGUCAUCCUCCAAGGCCAACUUUGUCAUUGGACUCAUCAACAUACCUGCGGUGGCCCUGGGAAUAUUCUCUGGAGGAAUAAUGAUGAAAAAAUUCAGAAUCAGUGUGUAUGGAGCUGCGAAACUCUACUUGGGGUCGUCUAUCGUUGGUUACCUCCUCUUUCUUUCCCUGUUUGCAAUGGGUUGUGAAAAUUCUAAAGUUGCAGGACUAACUGUCUCCUACCAAGGAAACAAACCUGUCUCUUCUAGUGAGCGAGCACUCUUUUCAGAUUGCAACUCAAGAUGCAAAUGUUCAGAGACAAAAUGGGAACCCAUGUGUGGAGCAAAUGGGAUCACAUAUGCAUCAGCUUGUCUUGCUGGCUGUCAAACCUCCCACAGGAGUGGAAAGAACAUUAUAUUUUAUAACUGCACCUGUGUGGGAAUUGCAAACUCUCAAUCAGGAAACUCCUCUGGCAUGAUGGGCAGAUGUCAAAAAGAUAAUGGAUGUCCCAAAAUGUUCCUGUACUUCCUUGUAAUUUCGGUCAUCACUUCCUACACUUUAUCCCUUGGUGGCAUCCCAGGGUACAUGUUACUCUUGAGGUGCAUUAAGCCACAGCUUAAGUCUUUUGCCCUAGGUAUCUACACCUUAUCAGUAAGAGUUCUUGCAGGAAUCCCAGCUCCAGUAUAUUUUGGAGUUCUGAUUGACACUUCUUGCCUCAAAUGGGGAUUUAAAAGCUGUGGAAGUAGAGGCUCCUGCAGACUCUAUGAUUCAAAUGUUUUCAGACACUUAUACCUGGGUCUAACCUUGACUCUGGGCACAGUGGCCAUUUCCCUAGGCACUGCAUUACUUUGCAUUUUAAAGAAAAAUUAUGUCUCCACACAUAGAAGUUUCAUCACCAAGAGAGAAAGAACAAUGAGAGCUACAAGAUUCAGGAAGGAAACUUGUGCUACAAGCCAUCCCUUUCUACAACCCGAGUACUGGCCAGGCAAGGAGACGCGACUUUAGAAAAAAAAUGACCAGAAGCCAUGUUUUCUAAUGUGUGAAGAAUUCUGCAAGCAAACAAACUUUUAAUCAAAAGGUUUUCAGUGUGCACAAUUUCUUCUUUCAAAAAAUUUCCACUUCGUUUGGACCUUAGGCAUUAGAAAAUAUGUGUGUAAUAAAUAUCACUAAGCAUAUAAUAGAAGAUGCAGAUGGCAAAACUAGUUUCAAAGCUUUUAAUUUAUAUAUAAGCUCCUUGUAUUAUUUACUUAUUCUGCUGUAUUUUG